CAAUUUCCAUUUCAUAUCACACAUUUUCUCCAAACGAAUUUACACCAACCAAAACAUACUCAGAGAGCGGUGGGCAACUUGGGCAGAAGGUGAUGAUGGCCCUCAGAGCUUCAUCCGCCGCGCGUCCGCCGUCUGUUUCACAGUCGCCGCCGCUGCUCUCGCCAUCGCCCAAGACCGUUCUUCUACCCUCUAAGGCACCACCAGUCAACUCUUUGUCACUGCCUGCCGCUUCUAUUUUGCCUCUCUUUGCUCUCUUUGCCGCCCCCAUUGAAGCCAGAGCUCAAAUCUUCCCCAAGGAACAGAUUGUUUCUUCAAUCACUCAGGUGGAGUCUACAAUAGAUCAAAUACAAGAAUUGGGAUCGAGUUUUUUCAGUAGUGCAGGGCAAGUGAUUGGAGCUGUGACGAAUGCUGUGAAACCAGGUGUAGACGUGGCAAUGCCGAUAUUAAAACAAGCUGGAGAGCAGGCUUUGAAGAUUGCUUCUCCUGUCGUAUCUGAAGCUUCUAAGAAAGCUCAAGAAGCCAUUCAGAGUUCUGGAUUUGACACUCAGCCUGUCAUUAGUGCCGCUAAGACAGUGGCUGAUGCAGCUCAGCAAACAACAAAAGUGAUUGACGAGGCAAAACCGCUAGCCACUUCUACAGUUGAAACAAUAUCAUCUGCUGAACCUGUUGUUAUUUUGGCAACUGGUGGUGCUUUAGUCGUUGCUUAUCUCUUACUUCCUCCCAUUCUCUCUGCUAUCUCCUUCAACCUUCGUGGUUUCCAGGGUCAACUAACUCCUGCUCAAAGCUUGGAUCUCAUGUCCACAAAGAAUUACAUUAUGAUUGAUAUAAGGUCAGAGAAGGACAAAGACAAGGCCGGCAUCCCUCGCCUUCCUUCCAGUGCUAAAAGCAAAUUGAUAUCAAUCCCUUUAGAAGAAUUACCGAGCAAGCUCAAAAGCCUUGUCAGAAAUGUUAAGAAAGUAGAAGCUGAAUUGGUGGCACUGAAGAUCUCUUAUCUCAAGAAGAUCAAUACAGGUUCAAACAUCGUAAUUUUGGACUCGUACUCAGAUUCAGCUAAAACAGUUGCCAAAACUUUGACGAAACUUGGUUUCAAGAAUUGCUGGAUUGUGGCUGACGGAUUCUCGGGAGGCAAAGGCUGGCUGCAGAGCCGUCUGGGAACAGAUUCUUAUAAUCUAUCAUUUGCUGAAGUUAUAUCGCCGUCACGAGUUAUUUCUGCAGCUGGUAGACGAUUCGGCACGUCUAGCUCCACUAAGUUGCUCUCUGGUGGCUCUGAUUAAACUUCCUUCACACUUGUAAUCUUAGAUUUUUUUUUUAUGUUAUCUUCUUAGUUUACCUAUAGUCCUUUCCAAUUUUAUGUUGUAAUUACAUUGAUUGAUUUUGAACGCGUCUUGUUGAUGAUGUCUAUAUAUAUAUUUUAUGAGUAACAUUGCUUUUCUUUUUU